UCUAAAGGAUGCUAAAACAGCAACACAUAUUAUAUCAAGUCACAGAGAAAAUUCCUGCACAAUCUCUACUUCCUUAGAUGGGGAAAUUCUGGAUUGAAGUCUGCUUGAUUUCAGCUAGAGGUUUAAGGAGAAGUUCAUUGCUUAAGCUCCAACGGUAUGCAGUUGGUUGGAUUGAUCCCAGUGAAAAGUAUUGCACUGGGAUUGAUGCUUCAGGUACUGCAAAUCCAGUAUGGAAAACCAAGUUUUCGGCAUUGGUCGAUGCCAACUCCCAAGAUCUGGCUUGCCAUAUUGAAGUUUAUUGCAGAGAACCGAUAUUCCUUAGGGAGAGUCUUUUAGGGACGGCAACUGUAGUUCUGAAGGAAUUCCUGGACAAGUACAUGAAGAAUACAGAUAUCUCCAAGCCCUUUGUAGAAGUGGGUAGCUUUCAACUGCGAAAACACAACUCUAACAAACCUCAUGGAUUCAUUGAUGUAUCAAUCAGAGUUUGUGAAGAAGGAGAAGAACCUUCAUCUCUUACAGGCAAUGAAGGAGGUGGAAUUGAAGUAUCAUCAGAUCAUAGUCAUGGCACUAUUAACUUAACCACCACCAACCAGUACUUACCACCAGAUCCUGCACCCUUCCUACACCAGGCUGGGACAAAUACAAACAUUUAUUCCCAGCCGGGGCAAUUCCCCAUAAAUUAUGCCAGCUCGUCUGUAGGGCACCCGAACUACCCACCACCACCAGGCACUGUGAACUAUAUGCCGCCACCACUGCCACUACGUGCCCCUGCACCGCCACCUUCCAGUGGUGGUUAUAUUCUUCCACGACCUAUUUAUAGUACAAACUUGCCUCCAUCUGGAGCAUCAGCCUUAAUGCAAGGUGGGUGGGACAUUGGCGGGCAGUGCAGCAAUAUUUGGAAGAGAUAUAAUGUGUGGACUUGAUGUUCCUGUUGUUGGAAUUGCUGAUUCUAGUCUUACCAUAUCACCAGCUGAGGGAGGCCCCUCCACCACCAUCCUGAUGGAAGGGAUGAAAGAAGUCUUAAUUAGUCCUUCUUAAGUGCUUAAUUACAACUAUCUUUAUCUUUUGUUUCUACCAACACUACUGGGGCAUGCCACUGGUUCCCCUUUCUUGGAAACUAGGAGGUAGCAGCAUAAACUGAAAUUUUCAUUCUAGUUUCCUGCAAAAUCACUUUCAAUGUGACAAUAAGGUUUCAAAAAAUCCCAGUUCACAAGGAGAAGUUCAUAUAAAACACACAAGUUUAACAAUGAAAUCAACUUUUAUUCUGUUUGGAAUGA